UAACACUAAAACAAGGCAAUACACAGAUAAGGCUUUAAUGUAUCGAUUCUGCUCUAGAUCAUACAUACAGAUCUAUGUUUUAUAUAGGAUCAUAUCAAGAAAUAUGUCAAGAACAAGUUCAUCUAUAAACAAGUAUUGUGACUGUAAAGAUAAUCUAUUGAAUUUGACAGGUUUCUUCAAAAUUUUCAUGAAACCGCUCUCAAAUGACUCAUUCUUUGACACUUUGAAAGAACUUUGUUUGGCAUAAUAACAACCAAAGGUGAUUGGUAUCCCGAUACAAAUGACAAAUCAUGCGUAAUUUGGCUUGUUUCCCACGAAUAUAUCAAUACUGUCUAUCAAACCUGCUUCGGGAAACAAGUCACGCGCAGUAAACAAACGACAACAAUGUGUUAUAUAUUCCUGCAAAGAGUAUCACGUUAUUUCCUCCGAUUGAAACGAUAUCACUUUCCCCCUUUUCGUUUUUUUUCUCUUCUUCUUUUUCUGUUCAGUAUGUUUGAGUCUCUAAAGUCAAAGUCAAAAAGAGUUUUUCAAGUGGAUGAGACAACACGAUUGCUAUCGUCUAAUCUAGAACCUUUGGUAGAAGAUAAAUAUUAUCUUGUAUAUUGGAUAUUUUUUAUCUAUGGUAUUGCUAUGCUGUUGCCAUGGAACGGUAAGCAAAGAGAGGCAAUUGAUCAAGAUCUAAUCAGAUUGCUUAGUCUUUAUCACCGCCUCUGAAUA